AUGGGACCCGCCUCGUUGCGCGUGCGCGCGGGCACGGACUCGCUGCGCAUGCGCGCGCGGUGGGCGCCCCCCGCCUCGUUGCGCGUGCGCGCGGGAACGGACUCGCUGCGCAUGCGCGCGCGAUGGGACCCCGCCUCUCCGCGCGUGCGGCCGGCGAUCGGGCUCGCCUUGCAUGCGAUCGGCCCCGCCUCGGCGCGCAUGCGCGCAGCGAUCGGACUCGCCUCGGCGCGCCUGCGCGCAGCGGUCGGACUCGCCUCGGCGCGCGUGCGCGCAGCGAUCGGACUCGCCUCGGCGCGCGUGCGCGCAGCGAUCGGACUCUCCGCGCGCGCGAUCGGACCCGCCCCCCCGCGCGUGCGCGCAGCGAUCGGACCCGCCUCGCCGCGGGCGCGAUCGGACCCGCCCCGCCGCGCAUGCGCGCAGCGAACGGACCCCGCCCCGCCGCGGGCGAGCAACGGCCGUUCCCGGCGCCUGCGCAGCGGCGCGGCCGACGACGACGACGACGACGACGACGACGACGACGACGACGGGCGGUCUCUCCUCAGGUCUGUGGAGAGUGUCGGCCGGGCCGUGACGUCGCGGGGAGCCCUUGCAAGGGCGGGCCAUGCGCGGGGGGGGGCAGCCGCCGGACGGGGCCCCGCCGCCUCACCCACCAGUAGCAGCAGCAGCAGCGGCAGGAAGACGUCGGUCCGGGGCCGCCCCGCCAUGGCCGGAGGAGGCGGCGGCAGCGGCAGCGGUAGCUACACGGACCUGCGGCAGAAGCUCAAGUCCCUCAGUUGGCGGGACUCCGGCGCCGCCGCCGCCAACAAGCGCAAGUACCGCGAGGACUCGGACUCGGAGCGGAGCGACUGCGAGGAGGAGCCGCCGUCGCCUCAGCAACCGCCGCCGCCGCCGCCUCAGGACCCGGCCGCCCCUCCUGCUCCUCCGCCCGCCGCCGCCGCCCAGCCCCCGCAGGCCGAGGAGGCCCGCCGGGUGCAGAGCGGCAUCCGCCAGCUGCGCCUGUUCAGCCCGGACGAGUGCGCCAAGAUCGAGGCCCGCAUCGACGAGGUGGUGUCGCGGGCCGAGAAGGGCCUGUACAACGAGCGCACGGUGGACCGGGCCCCGCUGCGCAACAAGUACUUCUUCGGCGAGGGCUACACGUACGGGGCCCAGCUGCAGAAGCGCGGGCCCGGCCAGGAGCGGCUCUACCCGCCGGGCGACGUGGACGAGAUCCCGCCCUGGGUGCACCGGCUGGUCAUCCGCAAGCUGGUGGCCCACCGGGUCAUCCCCGACGGCUUCGUCGACAGCGCCGUCAUCAACGACUACCAGCCCGGCGGCUGCAUCGUCUCCCACGUGGACCCCAUCCACAUCUUCGAGCGGCCCAUCGUGUCCGUGUCCUUCUUCAGCGACUCGGCCCUCUGCUUCGGCUGCAAGUUCCAGUUCAAGCCCAUCCGCGUGUCGGAGCCCGUGCUCUUCCUGCCCGUGAGGAGGGGCAGCGUCACCGUGCUCAGUGGAUAUGCAGCCGAUGAAAUCACCCACUGCAUACGGCCACAGGACAUCAGGGAGCGGCGAGCCGUCAUCAUCCUUCGAAAGACAAGACUUGAUGCUCCUCGUUUGGAAACCAAAUCCCUGAGUAGCUCUUCAUUGCCGCCCGGUUACCCUUCUGAUCGUCUGUCAGGAAGCAACAGGGACCAGAUCCUGAAACCAAAGCGGUCCCAUCGGAAAGCUGAUCCCGAUGCCGCUCACAGGCCGCGGAUUUUAGAAAUGGAUAAAGAAGAGAACCGGCGCUCCGUCCUCUUACCGAAGCACAGGAGACGGAGCAGCUUGAGCUCAGAGAACUAUUGGCGGAAGUCUUCCGAGCACACCGAGGGCUCCGCCGGCGCCGAGGGGGAUGGCAGCCCGGCCCGCAAAGUCAAGAUGAGGCGACACUGAGGGGGCCGGCUUCCCCACCUCCCCCGCCCCGCCCAAAAGACUUCUGAGCUGCAGAAACCAGCCUCCCUGUUCUGUGAAAACUCUUUCUUUUCGGCUAUUUCUCAUAUAGCUUUUUGUUUUGUUUUUUUUAGGGCUGAAGAAAAGGUUUGGCACGAGAUCCAGAUUAAUUUUUCUUUUGUUUUCCUAAAGGGAAACACCUUUAAGGCGUUUGCUGCCGGAGCCGGUCAUAUACCACCGGUUGCCGUGGGGUGGUCUGUCCGAGGGUCGCCUGGUCCCCCACGAAGCAGACAUUAGAGCUGUGCCAGCUAUGUGUUUGUUUAAACACCAAAAAAUGUUUAACUGUUUCACUGCUGAGGAUUCAAGAGGUUUUUUUUUUUUCAUUUAAGUGUAAAUUUUUUUUUAAUGUUCUAAAUAUAUUGUUUGACCCCAAAAGCUGAGACUUGGCCAUGGCCUCUUAGCUUUACACUUUAACCUCUCAAAGGGGCUGCUAAAACUCCUAGCUCAUUAGUGGAGCUCAUGUCCCGAGCUCCCCUCUAGUAAAGGGAUGGGAGCUUGAAGUUUGCAAAUAUCAUCUUCAGCAGCGGGCUUCGGAGCGCAGGGCUCACCUAAACAUUUAGGAUGGGUUUUUUUGUCUUUUAAUCCUGUUGUCCUCCCCCCCCCCCGCCCCAAAAAAAAAAAUAUUUGGCCUCUGGGCCUUCCAGCUGUACUCCCAGAUCUGUUCUGUCUUCAGAUAGGCAUUUGUCACACUUAGGAAGUUAGCUUAAGGUCUGGGGUUAAGGUGGGGAGUAGACUUUCUAUCCUCCAGAAGGGACAGAAGUAAAACCCUUACCUCCACAGACCCCCGUCUCUUAAAUUAGGUCUUUAUCUCAAAUUUUCAGCCGUGCAUGUGGGUGUCUGAACACGUUGGACAAGUCAGACUUUGUUUCAGGAACUUCGGUAAGCUAAUGAACACCACCCUCAAAGCCUAGGGAGGUUUUUUUUGUUGUUGUUGGGAUUGUGGGGCUUGUUUUGCUUCUCCUCCUCUUCCUGAAGAGCUCCCCACACUGCAUGUUCAUCCCUCGGAAUCUCACCCUUAUUCUUCACCAGGUUGGCUGGCUGGCUGGCAGGACUCUGGCACCUCGAUCUCUGUACUAGAGAAGGGGCUGGGGGUGGCGGGAAGAAGAGAACCUGUUAAUCUCUCGCAGCUCCCCCUCCUCCCCGGUGGCUGGGAUGGUCCUUUCCCAGCGUGGUGAUGGCGGCGGAGAAAUCCCCUCCAACUGUUUGAGCACAGAGGUGUCCUGUGCCAGUCGAGCACUGUUAUCUGACUGAGUUUCUGGGGAACAGGACUCGUUCUUGGGUUGAGAUAGUUUGGAGCGGUGACUGUCUGUAGGGGAAGCAGAUGUGCAGUCUUCCGACUCUAGCGGAGAAGGAAAAUGUGAGUCACCGAGGAUGGUUUAUUAGGUUAGAAUAAGUAAUGGGAAGGGCUCUUUAAGAAUACUGCAGAUUUUUUUUUUUUUCCCCAAACAGGCCCACAGUACUCUUUCUUCUGCUCCUUUAUAUUCACUGGCUUGUUGACUCUAAAGAUAAACAAGAAGGAAAACCCAACUUUUGGCUUUAAGGGGUUAAUCUUGUCUUCUUGGGGGUCUUAUUUUAUUUUUUUGCUUGGUUAUCUUUCUGUUCCGUCUUAACUUGCCUGAGGCCUGAAAGUUGCGGAGGUUUGGGGUCUGGUAAUAAAUUUAGAACCCUCUUUUAAAAAAACGAAAAUUUAAAAUUAAAAAAAAAAAAUUGAUUCCUUGAAUCUGGACUUCAGUACUAAAGCAGUUGCAGUUUUAUUUUUUUUUACAGCUUUUUCCUCCCCCCCCCCCAAAAAAAAUUAUUUGUAGUUUUUGUGUGUUCAGCACUUUGCUAUGAUCUGUGUGCUUUACAAUAAAAACAAAAUCUAAUAUAUUUUGAAACACAUCGUC